CGCCCGUCUCACGCGACCUGUCAUGUGACAUUAUUUAUCGUUGUUUGGGUUCUCCCUCUUCGGUUUUGCUUCUUGUCCCCCGAACCUUCUACAUCGAUUCUUGUGAAGAUGUCUCAGGCAGGAACAGUCAUGCAGGCCCAGAAGAUGGUGGAGCAGCUCCGAGAGCAGGCUGCCUUGGACAGGAUCAAGGUCUCCGAUUCCUCCAGAGAUCUGAUAUCCUAUGUUCAGCAGAAUGAGGCCAUGGACCCCCUGGUAAACCCAGCUGAGAACAAUCCCUUCAAGGAGAGAAACAAGUGUAUACUGCUAUGAAAAUCUUCUUUCAGACUUUUCCUUCCCGCAGAGCUGGACUGUAAUGGUGUAGAAAGCAUUUUACGUUUAUCUAUUUGCUUUGAAUCACAUACAUGCAUGUAAUACGUACAUGAGUGCUUACUAUAAUGUAGCUAUAUACACAGCAUUGGCUUUUUAUUCAGUAAAAUUGAAAUAUA